AUGGAAGAGACAGUCGGUGACCAAUAUUCACUUGAAGGGGCACGAUCCGAGUCAUGGCAGGAACUUGCUCCAAAUGAGCGCAGUAUCAGCGGAGGGUUAGGUUACCUCUCCUCAUCAAACAUACGCGGCUCAGCAUCGCGGCGCGCAGCAUCUACAGAUGCGAGAUCAUAUUUCUCUAUGCCUGUUAACACGCAGAAGUAUCAUCAAGUUGAAUACCCCUACGAGGAUCAGCGUUCCUGGGCUGUGAAGGAGCAGCAAGAGCAAAAGUUACAGCAAAGCUGGCGAUAA